AUGAAAGUAAGAAAAAUGCAUUAUCCCCUUUUUUCUUUUACAGAAUAUUUAUCAUGUUAUAUUAUACUUUAUUUUUUUGUUUUGCUUCCAAAUUAUUCAUAUGCUAUUAACAUAAAUAAUUAUCAUAAUAACAACAAUUUGUGGAAUAUAAAUAAUAAAUGGAAAAAUCAACAAAUAAAUCAUUUUACUAAUAAUAGAAUUGGACAUUUUCUUUGGGGGUCGAAAAUAAGGAAAAAUCCUUUGGCCUCUAUCAGUACGUCCAUAACUACCAAAAAGGUAGAGAACCAAAAAAAAAAAACAAAUAAAAAUGAUAUUUACAGUAAUGUAAAUGAUAUAUAUGAUGAGAAUAAUAAUACAGCACAUUUUGUACAAAUAAAUUAUAAAAAUGAUAAAUCAAAUGAUGCUUUAAGUCCUUAUAAGGACAAUAAUGAAACGACUAUUGAAAAGUCAAAUAAUUUGACCUCUGAUGAAGGAAAAAAGGAGGUACAUAAUACAUCCCAAAAGAUAUUGGAAAAAGUGGAUUAUUUUAAAGAAACAGAAAAAAAAACAAAUACUUAUAAUAAUAUAAAUAAAAGUAAGGCUAUUGCCACACAUGAUAAUAAAAAUUAUACGAAUUAUAUUAAUAAAGUAGAAAAUAAACAAAGUAAUGAUAAAAUAAAAAAUUUAAAUAACAAAUAUGUAAAAAAAUUCAAAUCACACAUUUUACAAAAUGAUAUAUUAGGAACUAUAUCUAAUAUGUUUUGGUCAGGUAAAAAAAAUAAUAGUGCCAAUGCAAAAAAAGGAAUGAAAAAUGUUCCUAUGGAUGAAAAGCGUUAUUCUCCGAAUGACCACAAUAAUGACAAUAAUAAUAAUGACAAUAAUAAUAAUAAUGGUGGUAAAAAUAAUUCUUAUUAUAAUGAUAAAACACAAAAAGGUGUUAAUGAUAAAGAAACCAAUUUUCUUCUUAAAGCACUGGAUAGUGGAAAAUUUCCUACAUAUUGCCUUGUAGAAAAUAUUGAUGAAAACCUAGACAAUUUUGAUAUAUAUAUGAGUAAAGAAAAGAUGGAUGAAUUAAAUAUCAAUGAUGGUGCUACUGUUUUAUUAAAAGGGAAAAAAAAAAGAGAAAUGCUUGGUAUUGCUAGAUUAGAUAGAAGUUUAAAAAAACAUUAUGUUGUUAUAUCUUUUGCUAUGAAAAAAAAUUUAAGACUUAUGCACAAUGAUAUAAUAAAAAUCCAUCCUUUUAUGAAUGCUAAGAAAAUACGCAAUGUUAUCUUAAGCCCAUUUAGUGAUACCAUACCUAAUUUAAGUAGAGAAGAAUUAGAAAAAGCUGUCAUAAAUCCAUAUUUAAAAAAUAGUUAUAAACCAUUACGUGUAAACAGUAAUAUAUACAUAUAUUAUAAAAAUAAUAAAAUUGAAUUUAAAGUAUUAAAAAUUAUAUCAGAAGAAAGUGAAAAUGAAGAAUUCGGUUGUAUAGGAGAACAUUCUCAAUUGACCUUAGCAGAAGAAUAUUUAAAGAGAGAAGAUUAUGAAGAAAAUAAUGAUGAUAUUACUUAUGAAGAUUUAGGAGGUAUGAAAAAACAAUUAAAUAAAAUUAGGGAAUUAAUUGAAUUACCAUUAAAAUAUCCAGAAAUUUUUAUGAGUAUAGGAAUAUCAGCACCUAAAGGUGUAUUAAUGCAUGGUAUACCAGGUACAGGGAAAACAUCUAUUGCUAAAGCUAUAGCUAAUGAAAGUAAUGCUUAUUGUUAUAUUAUUAAUGGUCCAGAAAUUAUGUCAAAACAUAUUGGAGAAUCAGAACAGAAAUUAAGAAAAAUUUUCAAAAAAGCUAGCGAAAAAACACCAUGUAUUAUUUUUAUUGAUGAAAUUGAUUCAAUUGCUAAUAAAAGAAGUAAAAGUAAUAAUGAAUUAGAAAAAAGGGUUGUAUCACAAUUAUUAACUUUAAUGGAUGGAUUAAAAAAAAACAAUAAUGUAUUAGUCUUAGCUGCGACCAAUAGACCUAAUUCAAUUGACCCGGCUUUAAGAAGAUUUGGAAGAUUUGAUAGAGAAAUAGAAAUACCAGUACCCGAUGAACAAGGAAGAUAUGAAAUUUUAUUAACCAAAACGAAGAAAAUGAAAUUAGAUCCAGAUGUUAAUUUAAGAAAAAUAGCAAAAGAAUGUCAUGGGUAUGUAGGAGCAGAUUUAGCUCAAUUAUGUUUUGAAGCAGCUAUUCAAUGUAUUAAAGAACAUAUUCAUUUUCUAGAUUUAGAUGAAGAAGAUUUUAUUGAAUUCAUGAAAAUUAGUGUAGAUGAAGAUAAAAAAAAUAUGGGUAAUGAACCUUAUGGUAGUACAUACACAAACAAUUCAAAUGAUAUAAAACAACUCACAGAAAGCAGUAACAAGAUAUCAUAUACUAAUAUGUUCCCACUAAAUAAAAAAAGUACUAUGUUACAAAAUGACAAAAAUGAAAUAAAUAAAGAUUCCAGUUAUGAUAAAAAAACAGAUGCAUUAGAUAAAUAUAAAAAUGAUUCUUCAAUAGAUAUGGAAAAAAAAAAAAAAAAAAAAAGUAAUUUUUUCUUUAGUAAUGAUGAUGACGAAACAACAAAUAAAAAUAGAACAAAUGUUAAUCAGAAAAAAAAAAAAAACCCAAAUGAUAAAUUAGAUAAAAAUGAAAGAAGAAUACCAGCAUAUAUAUUAAAUAAAUUAACAAUUAAAGCUAAACAUUUUCAACAUGCUUUAAAUAUAUGUAACCCUAGUUCAUUAAGAGAAAGGCAAGUACAGAUACCAACUGUUACUUGGAAUGAUAUUGGUGGUAUGAAUGAAGUCAAAGAACAGUUGAAAGAAACUAUUUUAUAUCCAUUAGAAUAUAAGCAUUUAUAUAAUAAAUUCAAUUCUAAUUAUAAUAAAGGAAUAUUAUUAUAUGGACCUCCAGGUUGUGGAAAAACAUUAUUAGCUAAGGCAAUUGCAAAUGAAUGCAAAGCUAAUUUUAUAUCUGUAAAAGGACCUGAAUUAUUAACUAUGUGGUUUGGUGAGUCAGAAGCAAAUGUUCGAGAUUUAUUUGAUAAAGCUAGAGCAGCUUCUCCAUGUAUAAUAUUUUUUGAUGAAAUAGAUUCUUUAGCAAAAGAAAGAAAUAGUAAUACUAAUAAUGACGCAAGUGAUCGAGUAAUUAAUCAAAUAUUAACUGAAAUUGAUGGUAUUAAUGAAAAGAAAACAAUAUUUAUUAUAGCUGCAACUAAUAGACCAGAUAUAUUAGAUAAAGCUUUAACAAGACCUGGAAGAUUAGAUAAAUUAAUUUAUAUAUCAUUACCUGACUUGAAAAGUAGAUAUAGUAUAUUUAAAGCUAUACUUAAAAAUACUCCUCUAAAUGAAGAUGUUGAUAUUCAUGAUAUGGCAAAAAGAACAGAGGGCUUUUCUGGAGCUGAUAUAACAAAUCUUUGUCAAAGUGCUGUAAAUGAAGCAAUUAAAGAAACUAUACAUCUACUUAAUAUAAGAAAAAAAGAACAAGAAGAACAAAGAAAAAAAAAUAAAAACAGUUUUAAAAUUGAUGAUACAGAUACAUAUGAUCCGGUACCAACACUAUCCAAAAAGCAUUUUGAUUUGGCUUUCAAAAAUGCUCGUAUAUCAAUUCAACCAGAGGAUGUAUUAAAAUAUGAGAAGUUUAAGGAAAAGUUAUCUUUGCAAGAUUUUUAA